GAGGCAGACGGCAGAGAAGAAAGCUGGUGCGUCUCCACAGCUGACUGUGGAUGUGCUGCCGCUCACCGCUCUGCACCGUGGCCGCAGCGAGGCUCGCGCUCGGGGACCCCCGCACCCCACCUCUGAGCUUUCCCGCCUGAAGGAGAGGAGCUGCGCGACCCCGCGCCACAUCUGGAACAGAGUGUUGCAUCACCUCAGGAUGCUCCGGAGGAUCCAGAACAGACGCUGGUGCUGAAGAAACGGACCGGGCCCCAGACUGGGAUAUUAAAGUGUGAGAAGACAUCGUGUUGGUCCACAUCUAGACAGGGGCGAGUCUUUCCACUGCAGUGCGAGGGAAGAGCGAAAGACAAGGCGCGCCUGUCCCAUCAGAGAUGCAGAUGGCCGCUAUGAAGAGAAGCACCAACAACCGAGGAGAGAGCCAGACCUCCACCUGCCAGCAGACACACACCAAAUCAAGCAUCAGCCCCUAAUUCUCUGGUCGGAACUGCCAAUACAAUUCACACACAGAGCUAUGAAGAGCAGUGUCAAUGAGCUGCGCUCGCCCCGUUCUUAAUUUGGUUUCCCUCUUAAAAGUGCAAGAACAUCCCGACAAAGUAACAAAUCCGGCCACAAGAGUCAAGAGCUGAGCCCCGCGUGCACUUGUGGAACUCAUUUUUUCUGAUGGAUUUUGCUGCGACGUCCCAGAUGGCCCAGAAGAGCAGGCUGGUCGGGCACGGGCAUCCUGCGACUGGAGGUUCAACAUCGGCGCUUCUGUCCUCAGCCAGCUCAUUCGUCUGUUGGCUCGCUCUGCUCUCUGUAAUCCAGUUGCCAAUGGUAACGGCGGACUGCUGGCUAAUAGAAGGGGAAAAGGGAUUUGUGUGGCUUGCCAUCUGCAGCAUGAACCAGCCGCCGUACGAAGCCAUCCCGGCCCACAUCAACAGCACAAUCGUAGACCUGAGGCUGAACGAGAACAAGAUUCGGUCGGUGCAUUUUUCCUCUCUCAGUCGCUUCGGGAACCUCACCUAUCUCAACUUGACCAAGAACGACAUCAGCUAUGUGGAGGAUGGAGCGUUCUCAGCACAGUUCAACCUGCAGGUUCUCCAGAUGGGCUUUAACAAGCUGAGAAACCUGACGGAGGGGAUGCUGCGAGGCCUCGGCAAGCUGCAGUAUCUGUACCUGCAGGCGAACCUCAUUGAAGCUGUGACGCCCAACACCUUCUGGGAAUGUCCUAACAUCGAGAACAUAGACCUCUCCAUGAACAGGAUCCAGGUGUUGGACGGCAGCUUGUUCUCUGGACUCUCUAAACUGACCACCUGUGAACUCUACACCAACCCCUUCAACUGCUCCUGCGAGCUGCUGGGAUUCCUCCGCUGGCUUUCAGCCUUCCCCAACAGGACUAGUGAGAGGAUGGUGUGCAAUGCCCCACAAGGCUUCUCUGGUUACAACCUCCUGAGCCAAAAUCCCCGAAUACCAUCCCAACGCAACGCCCUCCACGUGCUGAGCCUGGUGUGCACAGAAGACAGCAAUUCCACGUCAUUCUACAUCAACGGCCUUAUAGAUUCUACCACCACCACGUCGGACUCUCCCUGCGGCCUGGACGACUGUGCUUCAGGAACUCCGAUUGACGAAAUCGUCGAUCCAAAUCUCAUCUAUCCAGACCGCAGUCCUGUCAUGACUCUGAAGCAGAUGCUCCACAAUAAAGCACUGAUCACCGUUCAGAUCCCAAAUCCGUACAGGAAGAUGUACAUCCUGGUGCUCUACAACAACAGCUUCUUCACAGACAUCCAGGCCCUGAAGGAGGUGAGAGAAGACAUCGAACUGAAGCAUCUUAAGCCAAAUACCGAAUACACUUACUGUAUAGCCUCCAUACGGAACUCGCUGCGCUUCAACCACACCUGUCUGACCAUUCCAACAGGCCGCCGGCCUGGUGCCGAGAAAAUAGCCAACCAAUCCUCAGCCACGCACUACAUUAUGACUAUCCUGGGCUGCUUGUUUGGCAUGCUGCUCUUCCUGGGGUUCGUGGUUCACUGUCUGAGAAGAAAGAGGAUCAUGGAAGAAAAGGAAAGAAAGAUGAGUCGAAUUCAGAAGACUCUGAUUGAGCUCAAGUAUGGAGGAGAAGGGGAUAUAGAGGGCGGGGCUGGUGGGCCAAUUCCUCAGAAGCUCGGGGCUGGCGACAGCCUUUCUAGGAUGCCCUACCUGCCUCAGGGUGGCGAAAUCGACCCAUACAAACUGCAGGAGGUGCUAGAAACACCAGUGCACAAACCCACUAAACUCAACUACAUGGAGGUCCGAGGGUCUGGAACAGAGAGGGAGCGUGAAAGGGAAAUGUCACCGCAGGCUAAUGCUCAGGGCUCGGUCGCUGAAAUCUCAACCAUUGCAAAGGAAGUGGAUAAAGUCAACCAGAUCAUCAACAACUGCAUAGAUGCCCUCAAAUCUGAGUCCACCUCCUUUCAACAGGGAAUGAAAUCGCCAUCUGCGGGUGGAGGGGCCGUCUCCACAGAAGAACCGCAACUGGUGCUCCUUUCGGAGCAAGGUGAGCGCAGAGAACGAGGCAGUGAGUUCCUCUCACCUGUGUAUAAGGGGGGAAGAGGAGAGCGAGGAAGAAGUUACCAUCAUUCCCUGCAGCGACAUCACAGCAUGGAAGCUCCCCAGACCUCAAAAAGGCCCAGCACAUCCUCAUCUCCGGGGUCAGCUCGCAGUCCCCGCUCCUUCAGAUCAGAAGGUGGCUACCAUUCUUCUGAGUCUCGCUACAUCGAUCGAGCAUCGCCCGGAAAGCGGGGAGAAAGAGAGGAUGGUGGAGGAGAGGCCGUCCGCACGGUCAACCCCGCGGCGGCUAUCUUACGGGCUGAAGCGCAGCGGAUUCGUCAGUACAACGAACACCGCCACUCUUACCCGGGUUCUCAACAGCAUCUGCAGGAGCUGCAGCACCAUCCUCAGAUGCUGCAAGAGCUGCACCAUCACCCGGGAGCUCGAAAGCCGUCCGUGUUAGAUCCUUUAACUCUCAGCAGGCAAGCAAAACAGAGGGAACUGGCCUACUCCCAGUUCUCCCCCCACUAUCAACUUUCUCCCCAAUACCACAACCUCAGCUACUGUUCCAGCCCAGAAGAAGACGAAGAGGACGAAGGGCUACUUUGCACCCCAACUUUAGGGCUUUGGGAGCGGUUCAAACUGCAUCGAAAGAGGCACCGGCAGUCGUCCAUGGAGGACGAAGGAUACGUGGCAGCAGGGCAUGCUCUGCGACAGAAGGUUCAGUUUGCUAAGGAUGAGGAUCUCCACGACAUUCUGGACUACUGGAAGGGUGUCUCGGCUCAGCAAAAGGCUUAAAUUGAAGUUGAACGCGAGGAUUAUAAAACCGAGUCAGACUUGUAAAUAUGCCACUUACAACAAGUCUUUUCUCCUGAGAUGUGAUGGAGGACCAAACUAAAACAACGAACGCUAUAGAGAUGUUUUGUAAUCUACCGCAAGUUAUAGCUCGACUAAUGUAGCUAUUUGUACUACGUUUUUAAAUAAAGAAACGGUGAAACUGAGAUCCUGAAAUGUCACUGGGCACCCGAUUGACUGACUCCGCCGACGGCAGCAGAUCAACCUUGCUGAAGGAUUUUGGACGUUUUACGUGACACAAACACACGAUGGAUGACAUAAAAGUUCAAGCUCAGGAUGGGUCGCCAGGCAACAGUCUCAAGCAGAUACCUCUUAGCAGAGCGACUUUCACGUGCCAAAUCAAGCGAGGAUUCGUAGACUGUACCCUCCGAACUGUUUUUGUAUACAACAUUUCAAAAAAGAAAAUGGAGUAUGUUGUUAUAACUCUGAAUUAUUCUUAUCUUUACUGAUAUUCAUACUAUUACUAUGACCCUAAUUAAUAAUCUUAUUUCACUAUGGCAUGGCUGUUGUGUGACUGUGUUUGACUCUCGUUCGAGAAGUGAACAGAACUGGACAGAACUUUUUUUCUUUUCUCCCAAGAGGACUUCUUUCUUUUUUUGUUUUUUUUUUUUCUUUUGCUGGCUGCUGAGCCUCAGAGGAGCCCGUCUUCUCUCCUGGUGGGACCCGAUCCUUGACCUUCGCAAGAAGGAAUCGCUGUACAGUCGAGAGAAGUUCUAUAUUUGCAACAUAUAGGCGACUUAUUUUCUUCGUACAACCUGUUUUUUGAAACCCUACCAGACUUUUCAGAGACCAGAAUCGAGGACCUUUGAAAAAAAAAAAAAAGAAAAAAAAAGAAAAAGACAUUAAUUUUGAAAUUUGUCAACGAAAAAACAAACAAAAAAAAUCUGAUCUUUCGAAUGAAUGUCCUCCGUUCCCACAAGUGGGCGGUGGGAACAAAUCUGCACUUUUCAAAUAAAUCUUUUCAAGGACGAGCGGGGGAAACUCGAUACACUGUAGCUCCACUGUGUUUGACCAAUUUGUCUUUUCUGCUUUUCACCCGCACAGUUCAAUUCCUUUCUACACUCCUGAUGCCGAAGCCAGAAAAUAUUCCAGAUUAUUUCAACGUCCUCUGUGUCCUCUUUAUAUUGAUUUGCACAAGACGAUCCGCCGCUAGCUCACUGCUCCCUUCAAUCACUUCUGAGACCAAAGUACUGUGGUAAUAAAUUUACUCUUACUCCACCCCCCGCCCCUCUCCGAUUGGUCCCGGACCACCCAUCCACCUUCAUCCUUGCAGAUAUGACUCGGGCACAUGCACUCACGCUCACACACAGCAAUACACAGAUGAAUGUAUCUCUUCGCAAACCAGUUUCUAAUGUACCAGCGGUUUCUAACUGUGUCUGUUGUGGAUGAAGAUCCCUCUAGAGCAAGGUUCUCAAACUCCAUUCAGCAAGGGGCUGCUGGAGGCAGAGGCGGGGCACAUCGUGGGGGAAAGGUGCAUAUGGAAAAUCAAAGGCAUGAAACUAGUGAACCACAAAACAAUUGCCCCGUGGCCUCUUCUGUCCACAAGUCGUGAGUUUGACAUCCAUGUACUAGAGGUUCUCCCCUGCUUUCAGAAGACGAAAAACAAUGCAGUGAAAAGUUGAAUGGGUAGACUGUGAAAUGUGCUUUUCAUGUGUGUGCGGGAUUGACGGAGAAGAGUAGAUAUUCCUGUGAUAGUGAACUGAGUCGAGAGCGUUCACUUCAGUUGGCUGAAGCGGCACAAGAUCUGAGAGACCCAGACAUCAUGACAGAUGUGACAGCGACAGGAACGCUACAGUAUGAACGGCAAGAUGAAAAGACAGGGCUAGUGAUCCCUUACUCAGAUCAAUUGACCACAAAAGAUUUGCAACAUGACUCACAACAUCCCUUUGUAGUGAAGACGAAACAGACUUUUAAAAAGGGUCUGCUUUGUGUUUGCAAAAAUAUCACAAUAACACUCAAGAUCUGAUUCAUUGACUCCUCCGCUGAGUGCUGACUUGCACCCCUCUCAGCUGAUUCUCAGACCAGCCAUUCAUGAGGGCCAGUAGGCCCCUACUGUGCCUCCUAGUUGGUAAAGCAGGCUGUGAUCCCCCCCCACAUCAAACCACCAAUGACAUAUUUCUCAUGUGUUGCGCUGUGUUAAAAACCUCAACACACAGAAAAACAUAUCCAGCUGAAGUGAGCGUCUCGACGAACACCGAAGGCUUUGUGUCGGACACUGUAUAGACAAACUCUUUAAACAAUGUCAGAAUGCUCAAGUUGUUAAAGCUCAGUUGACAUUGUUAUCAGUAGAAACAUUCAGAUUUUUGUUUGCUGAAGGUCUUCUCUUGAAGCGGUGACAAGUGAGACACCUCAGCAGUACGUCCUGUGGCUUUUGAAAUAGUGAAGAAAAAAAAAAACAGCCUUAAAAUAUCUCUUUCUCAGACUGUGCUUUUCUAGAACCGCUUGACUCCUGAGCCUCACUUAAGCAUUCUCUCACUAAUAUCAAUGUAGCGAUGUACUCCACUACUGUUUUGGGACAAAGUCCAGGAUGGCGCUGGAGAACAGCGGUGGAGUGGGACAACAGACGGUCCUCAUCCUGUCAUCGGCUGACCCUCCUCUGCUGUUCUUCCCAGCAAAACUGUCUUACUCGGUUUCUUUUUCGAUAAAUUGCCUAGAAAGUGGAAAUAAAGUGAUCGACUUGACGAUGCGACAGCGGAGCUGCGAGGAAAAGCCUCGAUGUAUUGUGAGUCAGGAGCGAGGCAGGAACACAAGCUGUGCCAUCAGAUCUCUCCGAGGCUUUCUCUCUUUCUUUUUCUUGUCAAGAGUAAUUUAAAUGAGCACAAUAAAAUA